AACAUAUUUCAAAAUGAAAUGUAUAUGAAAGGCAAGCUGUACCGGUAGCACGUCAGCCCCAUAAUAAUGUCAUACGAAAAUAUUCUUCCCUGCAACUACGACACCUACGGUUCCUCUUCCGCUGCUGUCCAGCUCACUACAGGUGGAAAUCCCACUCGCGUCUACUAUCAAAAUGUGGAUGGUAGAAUCCACGAACUAGCUGGGAAUGGCCCGUUGUCCUCUGGAUAUAAGGACGACGUUCUCGCCGUCGCGGAGAACCCACGUGUCAACACGCCCAUCGCAGUGACCACCUGGAAUGACUUUCAGCAGAUCCGCGUGUACUACAUAAACGAAAGGAACGAAGUUAUCGAAGCUGUUUACGCGAGUCAGACAGGGUGGGUACCUGGGGCGCAAAAUAUUGGUGCCGCUGUGCCAGGUUCUGGACUUCUGUGGGCUGUCGUUGACCCCGCAGUUGGAAUCCGUGUGGGAUAUCAAUCUGUCUAUGCGCCUGGAACUAUCACAGAGGCGUUAUACUCGAUGUCGAACGAGGUGUGGACAACCGAUAACGCCAAUAUCUACUAAAGUCCUCGCCAUGGGUAGUUGGGACACACGUAACAGGAGAUGGGGCACAUUGUGAGUAUAUAGUCAGGAGAGCGGAAGCAGAAUAAGAUGUUAUUAUCCAUGAC